AUGAGGCGGUCUAGAAGACACAGGACCUUCCUGCUGGCUUGUGCACUGCUCUGCACCCUCAUGGGUCUCGGGUGCCCUCUAAGCUGUGAAGUGUGCAAGGGCUCGGGACACACAUGCAGCGGGAAAAUGAAGACCUGUGAUUCCGACAAAGACGCAUGCGUGGUUCUCGUGGGCGAGUCCAGCACAAAGGGCCGAAAGUCAGUGAGCACCUUCAAGGCCUGCACGAAGUUUAAAGACUGCUACUCCGGCUUCGUAUCUACCACCAUGAGUCCCAAUGACUACAUGGUGUCCAACGCCCACUGCUGUCAGAGCGACGGUUGCAACAGUGUCUCAGUGCCCCUUCCUCGUAACAAUCGGACGGAGAAUGGCCUGAUGUGUCCCUCCUGCAUUGUGCCCUUCCAAGAGACGUGUCCAGGAACCCAGACAGCUCGUUGCGUGGGCCCAGAAACACACUGCAUCUAUUUUGCUGGCAAUGUGCAGGCUGGUAUUAUCAACACGAAAUUUGCCACGAGAGGCUGUGCCACAGAGAGCGCCUGCCACACCAAGGCUGGAGCCGAGGUGCCUUCGGCCUCCUACCUCUACUUUCUGCGCCGGGCAGACUGCCUGCCCGCGCCCUACCCGCCUGGCAGGGGUGAGUGA